AUGACACUGGCUUACUUCGUCACUCUCUUCCUCUACCAUUCCUUCCCCAUACCACACCAGACCAACACCCCUGCUGCUGCUGCUGCAGGCAUGCACUUUACAUUCGAGAAGAAGAAGAAACCACCCGCGUGCGACGCGUGCAAGGCGCGCCGCGUGCUCUGCCACCCCCAACCAAAUGGCAUGCCAUGUCCACGCUGCGUAGAGAAAGGGGAAAUAUGCAAGACGACCUAUGUGCCCCGCGGCCGCCCACGCAAGAACGGAAGUGCAUGCACGUCUAGCGAUCACGACUCGGCAAUCACAGGGAGUGGGAAUGGGAGCAGUAUGUCCGCGAGUGCGUCUCCCCCCGAAGACGUCGUCGCGUACCGAAGCGCAGCGUUCGAUACGAACGCCGGCCUGAUCCUAUCGUCCCCCCUCCAUCCGUCAUCCCUAUUACCCUCGCCAGACCUGUCACCCGAACUGGUCAAACAUCUAUGGGAAUUCUUCACCCACUCGAUGACGUAUCGGCACCCGUUCUUCCAUAGCCUUAAUUUCGCAUCCACCCUUGGUUCCGCGUCUUGGAGACCGGAGCUUCUUCCGAUCGAGCCGCGCGUUCUGGCAUAUUGCAUUUGCGCAGCAGGCGCAGUUUCCUCCGUCCACCCAUCAAUCCUGGGUCCCGGGAUCUGCCCGACAUCCCUCCUCGACGAAUCUGUAUUCUACCCUGGCGCGGACCUACGCGCUUAUGGCCGACGGCGGGCGCCGAUACGCAAGGCCUUAUUCGAGAAAGCCGUGGAUUGGGCGUGUGCGGCUAAAAUCCACCUGCAUGCGUCGGAGCUCAACGCAGCAUCGUGCUUUGUGCUGGCGUGUUUGGACGACUUGGACGAAAAGCCUACGACGAGGCCUUGGGCGACUUCGUACAUGUCUCAUAUCCGCUGUAUCUCCAUGUCCCUCACCGUUCCCCCACCAAUCGAACCCUCACGAUGGGGAGGAUUUUUGAUGCGAGAAACCUUCAUUGCUUGUCUCAAGCGAACACCAAUCAUAGCAUCAUACGAGGACCAGAUUCUUCUCUGCGGAAAGCCUCCCCCGUCGCUGGACGCUCUCAUGGAUACAAUAAGCUUGUACCAUAAUUCCCACCCCCACCAACCUAAAUCUUAUGCUAUCCUUAAAGUGGCUCUGCCGAUGUUCUCGAAUAUUACUGCUUUCGCGCGAGAAUUGCAGAACAAAAUCACUGGCGAGGUCGCCCAUCGAACCCCACUGGACGAGCCAUUCUUCAUCACUUUCCUUGAAUCUCUGCGGGAAUUAAGGGCCAUGACGAGUGUCCUGUUCAACGACGCGGAUUUCUCAUCUCAUGAUCAUUCCGUCGCGCCUGGCGAGUCUGCCUUGCAGAACGCACAAUUUCAACGAGAUUGGGCAGUGAGGUCGUGUGCAUGUGCGAUGCAUCUCGCCUAUGUACAUCUGAUUAUGGAACUCUACAUCGAACUGGUCGGAUUCCGGUCCGUGAACCAAGAAGAGUGGACGCAGCGGCGGGUCGAUGUGUUGCGCGACCAGGUCCGGGAUCUGAUUGUCAAAGCGCUGCCCGAUGUAGAGAAGAUGUUGAAGAUAUAUCCCUGGAUGGCGGGUGGGGAUUAUAUCUUCAAGUCCUGCGUCAAACGAUGGGCCGCUUUCUGUGUUCGCGAGAUGGAGGGCUAUCCGGAACUUCUCAAGCAGUUGAGGAUCCAGUUGAGAGCGAUCACCUACGUGGACGAUGACCCCGAGAAUUGCGCCCUGCUCGACCAAGUUGAAGCAGGUUUGCAGAGUGCGCCGCAACUGACAGAGAUCGUUGGGCACCCAGAAACCACGGCCGCCGCGGCUGGUACAGUGUUUUCAGAGCUGGGGAUCUCGGCGUCGUUGAACAGUUUUCUCGAGAUGGACAUAUUUCAGAUCCCGUUGCAUAUAUCCGCGAUGCAGGAUUGACUUGCGGAAGUUGAAUUGGAAGGUCGUCAUCUGACUAGAAAGCGCCGACUAAGUCGGCAAAUGGCCUGGCCUGAACCGGGUGCGCGCCAUGUAGCCGGGCUCCAGAUCGAUAAUAGGUUUUCUCUGGCUGCUCCGCUUGGCUUGGCUCCGCGAGCUUCUGGACACCUUCUGGGGGGCGCUUGGCCCGUGAUUACCAGGUAAAGAACUCG